AUGGCGGAAAAGAGCCAAAUCCCCGAUAACAACAACGCGACGAAGAAACCGACGCCGGAGAUCGGAUCCGGUUCGAGCUAUCCGGGUCAAAGGAUGUCGUAUCCUAACCGGCCAGAGUCGGUGAAUCCGGAUCAGGCGACGCUGAGGGAGCAGUGGAAGUUCGCAAUCAGGCAGUACAGCAAGUGGUACUCACACGCGUGGGGAACUGCGAUUCUCGCCGGCGGCGUCUUCUUCGGACUCGGCUGGAUCAUAAAGGGCUCUAAUCCUCUUCCUUCACUCCAAUCUAGUGCUAAGACUCCUCCACCUGGACGCGAUGAAGAAAAAUGA